AUGUUGGAGUCUGGCAUCUUGCAUGAGCAGGUGAUUAACUGCUCACCACAAACAGUGCGAGACACAGGCCAGGGAUUCUACGGUCCCGGAGUUGAAUACCUGGAGCUGUGGCAUGAUGACUUUGAGGACUAUUGCAUCCUGUGCGACUUUGAUGUCGCUUGGUCCUUCGCCUACUCCGACGACUCGAGUGGGCCCGUGCUGAUUCAUUGCGAAGCCGGUGUCAACCGCAGCUGCGCCCUCGCAAUAGCCAUGCGCAUGAGGAUCCUGCUGGAGACGAGCCAAUCUUCAGACCCCGAGAUGCUCUUCAAGUCUUCGUGGUGCCACGUAGCAGCCAGAAAGCAAAGAGUCCUCACCACGACCGGAUUCCAACGGCAGCUACUCCUGUUUGCCCGCAUGGGCUGCUGCUGGUUCCCCACUCUGGAUGCAGUGUGGAGAACUGUUCAAGAACGCCACAUGGCACAGUUCCGAGCACUUGCUGAGGACAUGGCCAAGAAAAUAGUGUGUGCAAACUCGGAGUUUCCGCCAGGGACCUGGUGGCGGGCCAUCGUCUUCAUCAGAGACGCAACAAUGCGAGGUGAGAAAAAAAUCGAAGGAGGCUACGAUCUCAGCACAGACUCCAAGCGCAACAUUGCGGAGAACCGCGUGCGCGGCUAUGCCACAUCAGCGAUGCCGAAGCUCGUCGCAGCAGCGAAAGCUGGCCCGACUCCUGCGGCAAGCGCCCUGGGCGAAAAGCAGCGCAUCGAAGGGACUCUUGGACAGUCGCCCGAGCGGUCGCCGCUCCUUGGUGUUGGUGCAGAGGUGCCUGCAAGCGGUGUGCGUCGCCCGCCAACGAACGAUUCGGCGCGCCGAUUCCUCCAGUGUGACGAAAACAUCACUGUCGUAAACUCCAAGGCCCGAUCAGAUCUUUUGGGUGAUCUUUGGGCACGGCUUGAAGGCGACAGGGCCAAGUCCAGGGAGGCUUCACAGGAGAUGGUAGCCAGCUAUGUCUCAGAGGACCAGCUGGCCGCCAACCUGCGCUUGUUGUCCUGCGUGAAGGCGAACGAGAUCUCUGGUAUCGAUGUGGCCAUUGAUCAUGGGGCAGAUGUGAAUUUCGCAAAUUUGCAGGAGCCUAUCAAUCUCCAGACGCCGCUUAGGGCAGCCUGUGCUUUGGCAAACGUGAAGAUGGCGAGGCUGUUGCUUCCCCAGGGUGCCGAUGUCUUUGCCCAUUUUGUCAAAGAUGGCUGGACUGCUUUGCACAGUGCCUGCUAUAGCGGUCAUGAUCAUAUAGCAAAGCUGCUACUGGAAGAGGCUGGCAGCCUGCAUGAGGGCACACUGCAGGACGGGUGGGGCUUGAUGCAUCUGGUGGCGUUGUGUGUGACCGAUCGGCUUUCCAAGCAAGGUGCCUCCUUGAUUUGCUGGAUUCUGAAGCAGAUGCCAGAUGUUGAGUUGAAUGCUUUCUCCAAGCAUGCCGGAUUUUAUGAUUGGACACCUCUGCAUGUGGCUGCGGCCCGUGGCAUGACACAGGUUUGCAGCGCUCUCCUGAAGGCAAAAGCUAACGUUUGGGCAUCGACUGGUGACUUCCAUGUCAGCUCCCCACACCUGAACAAGUUUGCCUCGGCCGGAAGCAUAGCCUCUGUCGGCGCCGGCUUUGAGAGAGUAGAGGGCCGUCACUUAGACAAGGGCUUGCUGCCCCUUCAUGUGGCUGCAUUUGGAGGCCAAGCGCGGACUUGCCAGCUCCUGCUGAGGCAAGCUCCCAGGUCACUCCACACCAUGACGCACCGGCAUUGCUGGACGGCCCUGCUUCAUGCUGUUUGGAGCGAUAAUGCCGAACUGGUGCGCGAGCUGUGCCGGCAAGGCGCCAGAAAGAGCAUCAACGACGUAGAUCGGAGAGGAGACGGAACGUCGUGGUCGCCGAUCUCCCUCGCUGUGAUUCGCUGUUCUCCAGAAGUCGUACAGGUUUUAGUGGAGUACGGGGCAGACCCUCUGAUGCGUAUGGCCUUAGUUGACUUCCCGGGGUUUGCAUUCUUGAAGCACUGCUCGUUGGCAUUGCCGGAUGCAGCUGAGAACACCUGGAGCGGACCCGACAAGCGCAUUUCCUUGCUUCAUCUUGCAAUUUGCCGUGGAUCCAGCACCAUGGUGAAAGCUUUGAUGCCCCUUCUGCGCUCUGCCCAUCAACAGCCAGUGCGCCUAAGCACAAGUCGCCCCCCUUUAUCUGGCAGGGGCGCUUCGCCCUGGCAGGACCUUCAGAAGGAGACGAAGGAGGGCUCCUUCAGUCGCUCUGGAGCGCAGACGCAGCGCGCGGUUCGCCCAGACCGCCAGGAUUCCGCCCGUGAGCGCUUGAACAGUGGCCCAGCCUCAGAAGCUCAAGGAAACGAUCCCGUGACCUUUCGGACAGAUCAGGGAUGGUCUCCUGCAAUCUUGGCUGUCCUCCUUCAAACGGUUGAUCCGGAUCGAAUGGUUUGUCCGUUUUACAUCACCAGGGGAUUUCCUGAUCGAUCGAUAGGUUCCAGAGCUGAAGUUGUGACGGAGCUAAUGGCGGGUCCUUCUUCCCCCUUUGCAGAACACGAGGCUGAUAAGCCUCUCGUAGUCCCUCAACGCUUCCCAGAUGUUGCGGCGACCUUGGUGAACAUGGCCAUUAAUGAGUUCUUACGUCUGUGUCGAGGAUCGGCAGCAGAAGCUGUCGACCAGAUUCUGCAGUCUACACUCUGCGCAGCAUGCCAUUUCAAUCGAGCAGAAAUCGCACAGCACCUUCUGGAAGUUGGUCGGUGCGAUCCACGAUGCACAAUGCUGAAGCCGGUCGAGCAACGCCCCCUGCACAUCGUGACUUCUCACGGCUACGGGCGGCUGGCUCAACUGCUUUUGGAUUACAAAGCGAAUCCCUUAGAGCCAGACGAGAAUCGGCAGCUUCCGGUGGUGAAGCUAACGGCAUUCUUUGAGAGUCAGCUACAGCGCUUGCAGGCCAGAGUCGCGGAGUUGGAAGCACAGCUCUGUGAGGGGCAGGCUGACAGUAUGUCACUGAAGUCAUCGCCCAAGACCGCUGAACCAUCUCGUGUGGGCCGGAGGACAGGCGGUGGUCCGAUCGAUGUUGCGAGCUAUGAAGCUUUGCUGCACGUCAGUAUCGCGCAAGCUCUUCUUCAGCUCCGAAGCUUGGGCUUAGAUGUGCAGAUAUCCCAGGUUCUCGUCAAGUUUCAGGAGUUUGCACAGGGGCACAUCCCCUUGGCUGCCAUGGUCGACACUGUAAUUGCGGUCAUGGACCACCCAGUCAUGCCCUUCUCGCAGCCUGGCUUGCGGUCACCGAAUGCCAUGCUGAUCGACUUGCUGAUGUACGAGGACGGGAAGAUACUCCCGUUGGCGUUGGAGCUGAUCUGUGGAAACAGCUAUUCGGCAGGCGACUUCCUGGAGGAGCUCGAGAAGGUCACGCUUCUGACAGAGCAGCAGGAUGCCUUAAUGCAGCAGCUCAAGUCAGAUGUGGCGCAGAUGAGCAAGAUUCUCUACAGUUUCGAGAACUGGAGCUGCGAGGACGAGUUUUCCAUCUCAGACCGGAAACCUCUCAACGAGCUGGAGGAGAUCGGCAAGCGCUUGCAGAAAGCGUGUUCCGGAAACGCCCCAGCUUCAGGCCGGAUGGUCCAAGACAUGCUGAUCCACACCGACUUCGUCUCGAUCGCUGGAUACUGGUUAAUGCUCGACUGGCAGGACACAAAUCCCGAGAGUCGACUCCUCCAUCGGCGACUGACUGCCAUCGUUUGCAGCAUUGCGACGGCGUUCUGUCGCAACAACCCCAAGAAUCAAGGUGUCUUUAUGGACUUCCUCCCGGGGUUGUCAAAGGUCUUGGACGAGGACGAUUUUCCUGAGAGUGCAGCGCUGGUCGCAGAGAUUUUCCGUGGCAACCUGACGAACUGCGAACAGGUGCCCGAGGCAAUUUGCGGCAACGGAUCACGAUUGAGCAAAUUCCUUUGGUGCGGACCAAGCGUGCAGGGCGCUAUGUGCCCGGAGCCUGCCGGACCAUCGAAGAGUAGGAAUUUGUUCCUUGCCUUCGUUUCCAUCGAGGAAUUUACUGUACCGCCAUGCUGGGUUGGAUAUUUGCACGCGAUGUCAGACAUGGCUGCGACGCUGUCGGACACCUGCUGUGGCGAGACCACAGGAGAAGACGAGAUCAGGAACGUCGCUCCCGACUUGUUACCAGGCACGAGACCCGCCAGGGUGUCGCCGCAGGAUGUACAGCACCUCAAGGAUAUGGGCUUCCAAGAAGUGGCCGCAACAAAUGCGCUUGAAGCCUGCAAUGGCAACUUGGACCAAGCAACCCAGCUGUUACUUGCGAGUGCUGCUGCCGAGUCCCCAGAGAUGGCGAUUCCGCCGCCACCACCGCCCCCAGCAGAGGUCGACCCUCUUUCGGAGAAAGUGGACACCCUGGUUGGCAUGGGCUUCACUGAGGUCCAGGCCCGUGAUGCCCUCGAUGGUUGCAGCGGCAACCUGGAGCGAGCUGUCGAAUAUCUCACCACCCAAGCGUCAUGA